AGUCGGACCCCAAGGCACCCAACAAUUCGAUCAUCUGUCCUCCCACAGUCCUUUCCGACCUGCACCACCACAAUCUCCGUCACGAAACUAGAAGUCAAGACCCACCUAGAGACUAGAGCGAGCAGACCUCCGAAGAUGGCCGACGCCGGAGUCGACAUCGCGCAACUUACCGAGGACCAGCAGCUCGCGCUGCAGCAGUUCACCGCCGUCACCAACCAGGAGGUCAAGGAUGCCGUGCCGCUGCUGCAAAGGUGCCAAUGGAAUGUGCAGAUAGCGAUAGCCCGUUUCUUCGACGGUGAACCCGCAGAAGACCCCGUAGCUGCCGCCGUAAACGCUACUCCACCGCAAGAUGCCCGCCGACAGGAAACUCUCCUAAAUGGCUUCACAUCGUCGCCGCGCUCGUCAACGUCGAGUAGACGACGGUUGGACCCGGCGCCUCGAAUCGUCCCGCAACCGGAGAGUCAGGUCACGACCCCCGCCCCGCUCCUCCUUGCUAUCCUCUUUGCGCCCUUCAGCCUGGUAUAUUCGCUACUCUCAAAAUAUUUCCGAUUUAUGGGAUGGCUUUUCCCACCACUCCGGCGGUACUGGGGAACUCUCACAGCGAGCAACGUCACCAACCCGGCGUCGCGCAGUAAUACGGGCGGGCGCCGGCCGCUGAAUCCGAGGGAUACGGCCGCGCGCUUCAUCCGCGAAUUCGAGGAAGAAUAUGGGUCCCACAACCUGCCCUUCUUCGAGAGCGGCUACGCCCAAGCUUUCGACCUCGCAAAGAAGAACCUUCAAUUCCUGCUCGUGAUCCUCAUAUCGCCCGAGCACGAUGAAACCGCUUCUUUUAUCCGGGACACCCUCCUCUCGCAGGAAGUAGUCGACUUCAUUCGCAACCCGGACAACAACAUCAUCCUCUGGGCAGGCAACGUCCAGGACUCUGAAGCAUACCAAGUCUCCUCCGCGCUAAACUGCACAAAGUUCCCCUUCGCAGGGCUAAUAGUGCACACCCCGCAGGUCUCCUCAACAGCAAUGGGGGUCGCAACCCGCGUCACCGGCCCCACCCCGCCAGGCCAAUUCGUCUCCAAGCUCCGCCAAGCAAUGCAGGCCCACACAGAGCCCUUGAAUCGCGUCCGCGCCCAGCGCGCAGAACAGCAAGCUACCCGUAACAUCCGCCAGGAGCAAGACAGCGCGUACGAGCGCUCACUAGCCGUGGACCGCGAGCGCGCACGCAAGAAGCGCGAAGAGGCAGAGCGCAAAGCGCGCGAGGAGAAAGAAGCGCUCGAGCGCCAACAAGCCGCAGAACGAUAUGAGCAAAAUCUUGCGCAGUGGUGUAAGUGGCGGGCCUCUUUAAUACCCGGCGAGCCGGGUUCGCAGGAGAAGGAUGUUGUGCGGAUUAGUCUGCGGAUGCCGAAUGCGGAGCGUGUGAUACGGAAGUUCUCUGCUGACUCUGGCAUUGAGGAGUUGUAUGCCUUUGUAGAAUGCUACGACGUCCUGCAGUCUGGAGAGAGCUUUGAGGGUGUAGAACAGCCGCAGGGAUUUGAGCACGAGUACAAGUUCCAGCUCGUCUCGCCGAUGCCGCGCGAGGUGUACGAUGUCAAGGGCGGAGGUACAAUCAAGGAGCGGAUAGGCAGGAGUGGAAAUCUGAUUGUGGAGCGCACCGAUAUCGAGUCCGACGACGAGGAAGACGAGUAAAGGACACGGUGGUUUGCAUUGGGCGGCGUUUGAACUCCGCAUUAGCGCUAGAUUGGGCAUUUGGUGGACUUUCUCUCGACCCGGAAUCAUGAUGUGGAUGCUUGUAUGAUUGAUCACUCUACAUCGAGGCGCUGAUAGAUUGAUUACGGGUCAAGACAUCAUGGAAAGGGUUUGGAACAUCAAAUGCAUAAUGGACUUUGCUCAUCCCAUGAUGUGAUCUCAGAAUCCUGGUGUGCGUUGGCUGAAGUCGGAGCGGUCACACAGCCAUUCACAUACGCACCUAAGACAGACGUAGACGCAGAACUCCCUGUUAAGCACUAUAAACGUAGACCCGAGCAUGUAGCAAAUGUGUGUCUGACCAAGGCGUUGACCUGUUCCGUCCCCAGUUUGACUAGACUGCGGGAGCGGACGUAUCGCCGAUGAAGGCGAGUGUCCAAUCUGGAUGAAAAUCAAGCCUUAGCAAAUAUGAUUCCCAAUUUUUCGUCUCAUCUUC